UACAAAGCAAGGCAAAUCACGUAUAUAGUCAUUCACCAGUCACCACCACCUUCUUCUCCAGCUAUCAAAGAUUCCAACUUUGUGUAUAUUAUUGGCGGCUCUGUUUGAUCAUUGAGUUGUGCUUAUAGUUGCUACAGUGCCAAAAAAAUAUAGUAUAUACAAUUCUUUAUUCCACACGUUUGAUUUUGCUUCUCCCUCACACACUAUUGAAAUUAGUAUAAAAAGAUCAGAGUUAUAGUAUCAGUCUAUCAGUUAUAGAUUGAGAGAGAGAAAGAGAGACUCCAAGAAGGAAAGAAAGAGACUGAAUAUUUGGUUGAAACAACAAAAUACUCAAAUCUUUUGCUUCCUCUUUUUCUCUUUCCGACUCUUCUCUGCUGUAAGAAGAUGGUUCCUGGUAUUGAAAAAGGCAGCGCUUCUGUUGAUUCAGGACAUGCCAGGCUUCAUGAGCUUGGCUACAAACAAGAGCUCAAGCGUGAUCUAUCGUUGGUUUCGAACUUUGCGUUUACAUUUUCUAUAAUCUCUGUGCUUACUGGUUUAACCACACUUUACAACACUGGGCUAACCUAUGGUGGGCCAGUUUCUUUUGCUUAUGGAUGGUUAAUAGCUGGUGCGUUCACCAUGUUUGUUGGGUUGUCUAUGAGUGAGAUAUGUUCCUCUUACCCAACCUCUGGUGGUCUCUACUAUUGGAGUGCAAAGCUUGCUGGCCCAGGAUGGGCACCCUUUGCCUCAUGGAUAACUGGCUGGUUCAACAUUGUUGGUCAGUGGGCUGUCACAACAAGUGUAGAUUACUCACUUGCACAGGUGAUUUCAGUGAUAAUUCUACUUAGCACAGGUGGAAAAAAUGGAGGGGGAUAUGAGGCAUCCAAAUAUGUUGUUAUUGGUUUCCAUGGGGCAAUUUUACUCCUACAUGCUAUCAUCAACAGUCUUCCUAUUACGUUGUUAUCUUUCUUUGGACAAUUAGCUGCUGCAUGGAACCUAGUAGGUGUCUUCAUUCUUAUGAUUCUCAUUCCCACUGUCGCAACAGAGAGGGCUAGUGCCAAGUUAGUUUUCACUCACUUCAACACCGAUAAUGGUGAGGGAAUCAAUAGUAAAGUAUACAUAUUUGUUCUGGGACUUCUAAUGAGUCAAUAUACCCUAGUCGGGUACGAUGCCUCAGCUCAUAUGACAGAGGAAACCAAGAGUGCUGAUAAGAAUGGACCAAGAGGAAUAAUCAGUUCCAUUGGGAUAUCUAUUAUUGUUGGAUGGGGAUACAUACUUGGGAUCACCUUUGCAGUAACUAACAUAUCAGACCUUUUAGAUGAAAACAAUGAUGCUGGUGGUUAUGCCAUUGCCGAAAUAUUUUACCAAGUAUUUAAGAGUCGAUACGGCACUGGCGUUGGAGGAAUUAUUUGCUUGGGCGUGGUUGCUGUUGCCAUAUUUUUCUGUGGUAUGAGUUCUGUUACUAGCAACUCAAGGAUGGCUUAUGCCUUCUCUAGAGAUGGAGCCAUGCCAUUUUCAUCAGUUUGGCAUAAAGUGAACAAUCAGGAGGUCCCCAUAAAUGCUGUGUGGCUCUCUGCCUUUAUAUCAUUUUGCAUGGCUCUGACGUCUCUGGGAAGCACAGUGGCAUUUCAGGCUAUGGUAUCUAUAGCAACUAUUGGACUGUACAUUGCUUAUGCCCUACCCAUCUUCUUUAGAGUGACUUUGGCACGCAAGUCCUUUAUCCCCGGACCUUUCAACUUGGGCCGCUAUGGGAUCCUUGUUGGUUGGAUUGCCGUUCUCUGGGUAGCAACCAUCUCAGUCCUCUUCUCAUUGCCUGUAUCCUAUCCCAUUACUAAUGAGACACUCAACUACACUCCUGUAGCGGUUGGCUGUUUGUUUAUUCUUGUCAUUGCGUCUUGGGUUUUCAGUGCUCGUCACUGGUUUAGGGGUCCUAUAACCAAUAUAGAUGCCUGAAGAAAUAGAAAGGAAGAAAUAUAUCCAAACGACAAAAUUUAGUUACAAAAUUUGUUGUAAUCGUAAGUUACAACUAAAGUUAUAGUCUUAAACUACAACUAAUUUUGUAAGUAAUUUUUUUUUUUAUGAAAAUUUUGUAGCUAAACUUUAUCCAUAUUGAAAUACAUAGAAAGUACCAAAGCAUUUAUAGUCUA